CGCGAUGCUGGUAGCUCCAGCCUCCCGUGUCGGCCAUCGUCGUGGGGGCCAGGAGCGAGAAUUCCGUCACGUCCUGGGGACUGGGGUCUGCCCGGUAUGCCCGGGUGAGGAAGUCGGCCGUGCCCUGACAGCUGAGGCCGACCGGGACGCCUCUCACCUCCCACACAAUGGGCUUAGCCUGUUGCUGGUUCUUCACCAGCAGCUCCACUUCCAUCGGCUCCAUGUUCGGGGUCAAUUGCACCCCAGGCACGCGCAAUCGCCCAUUAACGAUGCGCCUGGUCGCUGUCAACGCUGCUAAACCUCCUUUUGGCACAAGGAUGGAGAGUUCCAUCACAAUGUGCCGUUCCCUUCCCAUCGGAUAAAGCAACCGUUUUUGAAUGCGAGGGCCUCCCCAACGGUUGAACUCCUGGUUGCUGCGGAAGAUUUGGCCAAUUGUUGCCAGAAUUUGAAGUCCUAAUGGACCGUAUAUUUGCGCGAUGAUGUCGCCCGUAUCUGAGCCCGCUGGCCACCGGACUGUCACCACGAUCGGUUCCAGUUCUAGUGUGGCUCUGUAGAAAGCCAAGCCUUCAUUUGUUCCGUAAAAGCCACUGACGGCCUUUAUCUUUUUGGUCGGUAUGGAUUGCGGUCUCGCGGCUGAGGGUCACCUCCCAGGGGCGGCCAACGUCUCCUUUUAUCAACCCAUUCAGGGCUGGACGCCCUGGCAGAUCGCCCGGCGGGCUGGCUAUGCACUGUUCGGCAUCUCCCAGGGCACGGAAGCCAAUCCCAACUUCCUUGACGAGGUCCGGGGCCUCGUGCCAGAUCCAGAAUCCACACCAGUCGUACUGUACUGCAACCUGGGUGGAUCUCUGGAGCCAACCAAGAACGACAAGAAUGGCCAGCAGACCCGCUCCAUGGUGGCCGCCUUCGAACUGGUCCGCGACGGGUUCAAGAAUGUUGCCGUACUCAAGGGAGGGUACACAGAUUGGGUCGCGAAGGACAGGGAAAUUGAGGUCUUCGAGUGA